GGAAGUCCCGCGCUUCUGUCAGGUGACUGUGACGCAACACUCAAGCGACAGAAGAGCCAAAACAUGACGCCCGAACGCCAAUUUCCCCGCGUCGCGACAGCUCUUACCGGCCUGACGUUCCUCCAGACGAUCCCCCCCGCCGCGGCGUACGACGGCGGCGACGCGGUGGCCCUGCUGCUGGGAACUGUCAUCGCCAUUGUGGGCUUCUGCACCUGCCUGGGCUGGUAUGCGAGGAAGCGAAACAGACUGCUGUGAGAAAGCAUAUCUUGCUUCUUCUGCUGCCCUGCCUUCUUAUUAUCCAACUAAAAACUGAAUAUGAACUUAUUUCCUUCUGUGGACGUCCUGGAGUAAAGUUUGAUGAUUCCAGAACCGGAAACACGUGCUGGAGCAGAACCGGAAGGAAAAAAUAUUAUCAACUUGCACUUCUUCUUUUUUUUUUCAGCACCAAAUACCGCUGUUGCUUCUUUGCUAUAAGACUUCAACACAACACAAUGUAUGAAUGUAUCUCCUUUUGUGGAUAUUUUGGGGGCAAAAUUUGGAUCACAAAAGUUUGUAAAAGCAGUACCGGAAAUACGUGCUGGACAAGAACCGGAAGUAGCAACAUGCACUUCAAAUACUGCUUUACUUUAAUGCUUUUGUUGAAUAUUCUCUGUAACAUUCUUGCUUUUUCUUAAUUCCACAGCCCAGUAUGUGUGUUUUCAACAUCAUUCGCAAAAUAAAAGAACUUAAACGAG